CCUCUACUCCAUCAACACUUCACCAUGCGAAUACGCGAUUUGUACAAAGUCGAAACGCUCGACACGCGUUUUGCCGGGUCCGGUCAGGCAUUGCCUACCGCACAGCCGAAUACGGCCGAGUAUUAUGUGUACUACUUGGUCUUCUUGACCAUUCCCUUCAUGAUGUUCAAGAGUGUAUAUGAUGUUUCCAAGCCAAGCCAUCCGGGCUACGCCAAACUAGAGCCUCUUCUCGAGCCAGGCUGGAUCCCAGGACGAAAAGUCGACAAUUCUGACGCCCAGUAUGCUGGCUUCCGAGAGAAUAUUCCGUACAUGGCAAUCGUUUUGAUGCUGCACCCCUUGUUACGAAGAGCCUACGAAGCUGUCAAGCCUGGCGCGAAGACUGGCGGCAAAGAUGGGAACGCUACGCAGAAAGCAGAUCAGCACUUGCAGGACCGUGUCACGUUUGACCUCUUCUUCGCCAUGAUCUUCAUCAUCGCGCUGCAUGGCAUCUCUGCGACAAAAGUCCUGCUAAUCCUCUACCUCAAUUACCAAAUCGGUACAGCACUGCCAAGGCAGUAUGUGGCUGCCACGACUUGGGUGUUCAACAUCGGCGUUCUGUUUGCAAAUGAACUCUGUCAAGGCUACAAGUUUGCUGACAUUGCCGCCGUGACACUUCCUCCUACUACCACAGGCGCAAGCAAGCCUUCAGGAGACAAUUGGGGAACAUGGCUAGACAGCUAUGGAGGUCUGAUUCCACGCUGGGAGAUACUGUUCAACAUCACAGUGCUGCGCUUGAUCGCUUUCAAUUUCGAUCACCUAUGGAUGCUCGACAGGAGAGCUAGUAGUCCAGUUGAGAAGAAAGGUCUCGAUCCCGCCAACCUGUCCGAACGAGAACGCACCUCCCUCGGCGCCAAGCCCUCCGACUUCACCUUCCGCAACUACCUCGCCUACGUUCUCUACUCGCCGCUCUAUCUCGCCGGGCCCAUUGUGAACUUCAACGACUACAUCUCCCAAUCCCGCUACCCAAUGGCCACCACUUCACGCUCACGCAUCGUCCCCUAUGCAAUUCGCUUCAUUCUCUGCCUUCUCUGCAUGGAACUCGUCCUCCACUACCUGUACGCCGUCGCUAUAUCUAAGUCUAACCCCGACUGGAACAUCUAUUCUCCCUUCCAGCUCAGCAUGCUCGGCUACUUCAACCUCCACGUCAUCUGGCUCAAACUCCUACUCCCUUGGCGCUUCUUCCGCCUCUGGUCGCUAGUAGACGGCAUCGAUCCACCAGAGAACAUGGUCCGCUGUAUGUCAGAUAACUAUUCUGCGCUUGCUUUCUGGAGAGGCUGGCAUCGUUCCUUCAAUCGCUUCGUCGUACGAUAUAUUUAUGUCCCACUCGGAGGCUCUGGGCAAGGCAAGAUACGGGGCAUCCUCAACUUCCUCGCAGUGUUCACUUUUGUCGCUCUGUGGCACGAUAUUAAUCUUCGACUAUUGAUGUGGGGCUGGCUCAUUACGCUUUUCGUUCUACCGGAGAUUCUGGCAACUCUAGCUUUCCCAGCAAAGAAAUGGAAGGACCGACCUGACCAGUAUAGAUGGCUUUGUGGAGUCGGAGCCGUGGGCAAUAUUCUUAUGAUGAUGGCUGCGAAUCUUGUGGGAUUUGCUGUCGGCCUUGACGGACUCAAGGGUCUGGUUGAUGGCAUCAUUGGAAGUUGGGGUGGACGUGUCUUCUUGCUCGGGGCAAUGGCUACACUCUUCGUCGGCGUGCAAGUCAUGUUCGAGGUACGAGAGGCAGAGAAAAGAAGAGGUGUGAACAUGAAGUGUUAGACGAAGGAUGGGAUGUGGCCACUUGCACGAGUAAGUUCUGAAAUGUCACAAGAGGUAUGGUAUUCGGCAUAUUCGUCCUGUCUUAAGUCCACAUUCUCCUCGCCCAGAGCGCAUUCCACAACCGCCUUGCCUUCCACAACUCUAUGUGCAAGUACAUUGACACGCACUGAACGGCUGGAAACAGUUUGCCGGCACGAUCUGGAAACCCGUUGGUCCGCAGCAUCCUCUGCGGAUUCCUUCAGCGAUGCACCUAUACACAGAGAUACCCAGUCAGCAAACUCUACUAUUAUAUUCAUGAAGCAAUAGAAAAGAAGGAACCUGGGGCAACUCACUGAUCUCCGCAAUUGGGUCCCGAGGGAUUCGCCUCAGUGGAAUAGAUCGCGCAACCUCCACCAGGGAAUGUUCCACGGAAACAUUGUUGACGUUCUUGCAGCUCGACUGGGGUUGGUGUUGCGGUGAUGAGGGCGGCGCAGGUGGCCAAGAGGGUAAGUAGUGCAAAU